UGACAUGCAUAGCUUCGGUAGGUUCUGUUGGCCAUCUUGGACUACUUAUAUGUAGGGGCGGUGUUAUUGACAGCUGAGGGUGGGCGGUGAACGUCCCUCGCCACUGAAGAAAGUUUUGCGUGCAGAGUGAAGAAAAUUUUAUUUCUCAAAUCAAACAAACAUGGCAGAGUUGGUUGGGGUAUAUUAUGACAAGUUCACAAGACCAGUUCCCCCAUACUGUCUUCAAUAUCUUUUGGGUCCGAAUCGCACAAGCGCAGACCGCAUCAACAUUCCUUAACCCAAACAGGAAACUCGGAAAACGACUUGUCAGAUCGAUAUCCCCGAAACUCAUGGAAGGCUGUCCAACGCGUGCUCCAGAGCGGACAAAGACGAAACCUCACCCACAGUUUCCACCCUUUUGCGGGCACAUGACUGCGCUCGUAUGCAAGUCACAAGGGGGGAGGGGUGGGAGUCGACCUCCGUCGAGUAAGGGGUCCGUACCCAUUACACCCCGCGUCAACUCUCUCUUCGUUUACCUCAUGUACGCGGGGACUGACAACAAAGAACCACGAGACCCUUCAAACUCGUUCAACCCUCGGCAUGACCACCCGCAGUUACCAAUCCGGUCACGCGGAGGUGGAGAAGGGUUGUACAAUAGGCAAGGCAGAUUCCUGCCCGACAAAAAAACCCGACUUAUCAACCUGACGCACCACAUAUAACCGAACACACCAUAAGUAUAUGAGACAGACGCGUCAAGUGCAGCGAACAGCCCGGCGGCUUCUUGCAUAUGAGGGAAAUCAGACGUCAACAUAAGAAACGGGGUCGACCGGCGAUGGAAAACGCCGAUAGCAAGGGCUCCCGGUCCAAGCGGCGGCACACA